CAGAGUUCUUUAAAGUAUUCACGACGAGGAGGAAAUCAACGAAAACGAAUAUUCUCGUCCAAGGUCAGCCCGAAGUGUUCCGAAGACUGGCUUGUCAGGGACUGAGGACUCACUACACAGAUCACUUCCGGGUUAUUGUUGUUGUCCAUUUUAUUCUAACAGUAUGGGCUGGUAUGUCUGGAUACUAUCUUCCUCCCACCUACCUAUAUAUGAAUGGUUUCAUGUUAGCCUUUGGAUUCUGGGGUAUAGUGAACACUGAAUCUUCACAGCCAAUACUGAUGUUCUUGGUCCUCCUGGUGUUCAGUGUAAUUCAAGACUGUAUCUUCAUUGGAAUAUACCAACCACGUGGCUAUGAUACAGUUGAGACUCGCCCAGUGAAAGCUAGCAUCAGAAAUGAGUUCAGGUUCAGCUUAGGAAUGUCCAUUGUAAACCUGCUUAUUAAACCCGUGACAGGCUUUCUGCUGUUUAGAAUUAUGAAAUCUCGCGAUGGAGAUUUCGGUGAUCUCAACAUUCCUGGCAUCAACAGAAUUCCAACGUUCGGUGGAUCAGCUGGGACAUACGAGAACAUAGACAGCCCGGCUCCGUACAGCGGCAAAGUGGAAACGGCCACAGGAUAUGAUGUUAGUGACAAACCUGUCCUUCAGCCAUAAACGCUGUGUGUAGUGCUACGUGUGAACGAGCAGACUGCGAUUCUGUAUUUCUUGUAUUCAUCUGUUCAUGUCUAUGCAUCACAGCUGUGUCGUUCACCGUAAUACCUGUGAAUGUGAAUGGGGGAAAUCACUGGGAUUAAUAGCCAUGUUUAUAAAUAGAACUCUUUAACAGGGCUUCUAGAUUAUGGUAGCCCCACUCCCAUGGCUAGUGAUAUUCAAUGUUGGGCUAGUAAAUAACUACUAUUACAAUGUCAGACGGCUGGUGAACCAAAAAUUCUCUAAUGUUACAGUUAAGUCUAUUUUGUAAAUUAUAUCCUGCCCCACCCCAACCCACCAAUGUUAGUGUUUUUAAGCUCUAUCUCCCUCUUUAGGUGACAUAUCUGAUUAUUACUAUUAUUUAGUAAAAUUGUAUUAACUUAAAGUAAAGUAGGGCUAGUUAAUUUUUAAUUGUGGCUAGUAUAUUUUUAAAAUCACUCAUCCCAUGGCUAGUGGAUUAAAAAAAAAUUCUAUUUAUAGCCAGGCUGUUAAUAGCCAUGUUUAUAAAUAGAACUCUUGAAAUAUUUAUAGUCAAGCUGUGUUAUGUUGACCUCUAAAAUUGAGAGGUGGAGUUGUUUUGUUUAAUGACACAACUAGAGCACAUUGAUUUUAUUAAUCGUAGGCUACUAGAUGUCAAACAUUUGGUCAUUUUUGACUCAUAGUCUUGGAGGAAACCCGCUACAUUUUUCUAGUGUCAGCAAGGGGUCUUUUAUAUCCACUUUACUGCAGAUGGGACAUCAUACAUUUGUAUACCAUGAACUUUGUUGUACCAGUCGUGGCACACUGUUUGGAAUGGGAAAACAAAUAUCUACUGUUAAUCUUCACCCCUACCCAACAAUUCCGAAAAUUCUCCAGUUAAAACAAUUAAUUGAUAUAAUCGUUGGUGCUCAAAUGGUUACAUCUCCGGUUAGUAGACGAAAAAAAUUAUUGACAGAGUCGACUACUGGUCAACACUGCAAACACUAGUGUUCAUUGUUACACUAGCAGUUAGGUGAACACUAGUGUGCUCGAGUUUACAGUGAAUUCCCAUGUUGUUAUGGCUUGUAGUAACACUACCGGUCAACACUGCAAACGCUAGUGUUCAUUGUUACACUAGCAGUUAGGUGAACACUAGUGGGCUCGAGUCUACAGUGAAUUCUCAUGUUGUUAUGGCUUGUAGUAACACUACCGGUCAACACUGCAAACACUAGUGUUCAUUGUUACACUAGCAGUUAGGUGAACACUAGUGUGCUCGAGUUUACAGUGAAUUCCCAUGUUGUUAUGGCUUGUAGUAACACUACCGGUCAACACUGCAAACGCUAGUGUUCAUUGUUACACUAGCAGUUAGGUGAACACUAGUGGGCUCGAGUCUACAGUGAAUUCUCAUGUUGUUAUGGCUUGUAGUAACACUACCGGUCAACACUGCAAACACUAGUGUUCAUUGUUACACUAGCAGUUAGGUGAACACUAGUGUGCUCGAGUUUACAGUGAAUUCCCAUGUUGUUAUGGCUUGUAGUAACACUACCGGUCAACACUGCAAACGCUAGUGUUCAUUGUUACACUAGCAGUUAGGUGAACACUAGUGGGCUCGAGUUUACAGUCAAGUCCCAUGUUGUUACGGCUUGUAGUAAUGUCUUGAAUUGUGAAGUGAGACCCUUCCCUAAAAAAAAAAAAAAUUUGAAAUCAUAAUACUAUACCAUGUGUCCCGAGUCAGGCCCCCGAUCAUAUCGGAGGUCGGACUCGAGAUAAGCGUGUUUGAAACCCUAGUGGUAUACGAGCACGUAAAACUAGUUACCUACCAGUGACGGAUCCAGAAAAUCCAUAUAGUGAGGGCUCCAAUGACAUUAGGCGGAUUGCCAUGGGAACUUUGGGGGAGGUUUGGUGGGGGAUUGUAAAAAAUGAAAAUGAAUAUAUAAUAAAAUUAAAACUGUUGCAAAAUUUCGGGGGGGGGGGGGGGGGGCUGAGGACCCCCUAAAUUCGCCUAUGCCUACCUACUUACCUACUGAACCAUGCCAGUAGGUAGUUGUUCAUUAUUUUAUUACUUAUUGGAGGUGUGUUACAACUGGCUGGCUAUUGACCAAAGUAGAUUUACACCAUGUGUGAUUUUUUCCACGUUCACAUUCAUAGGUAUUGUUCAUUAUAAAUUGGUGAGUUUGUGCAAUUGAAACAUGUUUAUUUUAAUACUCAAUUAUAUAUUUGAAUUUACUCUGUGAUCACAGAUCAUUCCAUUUCUUGUUUUAUUUAUUUCUUACUAGUACAUAGUGAUUAACACUUGAUCCAUCUUUAAAUUAAAACUAACAUCGUUUGUCAUUUGAUUAAACUGAACAUCUUGUAAAUUCACCAUUGUAUUUUUCAAAAAGUAAUACAGUGAAAUCUCCCUAAACUGGACCCCGAUGUGACCAAGUAAAAAGUGUGGUAUUAAGGGCAGGGUUCGUACGGAGUCUGGAAAACCUCGAAAAGUAUGGAAUUUUGAAAAAUACCUUUUUUGCGAGUUGGUUUGGAAAAAGUCUGGAAAUUCGUGUUUAGGACUCACGUAGAAAAGUUCGGUUGCGUGAAACUGGCGGAAUCUGACACCGUUUUCCGAUCUCGGCACUAACAUACAUUUGGGAAAUCAAAACUAACAAUUGCCGACAUUUACCGAAGAUUUGAAGUACGCGCUUGCGCAAUGCAUAUGUCAAAAAGAUUGUCCAUUUUGUCAAAGUUUCCGAAAAUAUGGGGAGAUGUAUUUACUGGUUAUUGAGUAACGUGAGUCUUGAAAAAAAAAAAAUUUGUCUUGGGGAAAAGGUCUCGAAUUUGUUUGUUUCCAAGGUGUAUGAACCCUGUAAGGGAUAUCUGGAUUGGAGAGGUUUUGUUCUGUACAGAUAUUUAAAAAUUUGAGGGAAUUUCGGAUUAUAGAGGGUCCAGUUUAGAGGGGUUUACAGUUUCUUGCUUGAAAUAUUAUUUUAUGCACAUCCAUGAGCAUUCAGACAUCCCAUUGUUUAUGAAAACUAAAGAAAGGUUUUUGGUGUCCAUAACCUCACGACUAUAUCAUAACUUCUAUUUGAAUCAGUCUUGUGCAGAAAUAUGGCAUUGAAUCGUAAUGCAUGUUUUGACUUCUAUUACAGCCCUUGAAAGUUUUGAUGGUAAUCUGCAAUGCUGCUGUUGGAUAUUUACUUUGUAAAAAUUGGUUUAAAAUUUUCUACCGCAAGACAGUCCAAAUUUCAAGGGCUUUGCUAUUGCACAUAUUAACAAAAUUAUAUUGUUUUGAUGUACAUGUAUUAUUGAUAAUUAUAUUGUUUUCAUGUACAUGUAUUAUUGAUGAAGAGAUUAAUGUAUAUUAUUGUUAAUUUUUGUUGGUGGGGGGGGGGGGGGGUGGAACCUUCAUUUUGAGGUUGAAUAUCUUUAAACUGCAUGUGUCUGUUCUGGAUUUGAUCACUGGUGAUGUCAGAGGCUGGGCCCAGGACAGACAUGCCUGAAUCUUGAGCAUGUGAAAACUGUUUAUAAUCUGCAUGCUGGCUAGGCUUGUAUGACAGAUAAAUUAAACGUUUUGAUAUAUGCUAUC